AUGGGGGACAUCGCAGGAAGUGCCAGCUGCCAAUCAGGAACCAUGCCCUACGUCCAGCUCAGGGACGGCCUGCCCAGAGGCUGCAUCCACCCUCACCACCCUCCGCAGCCCAGCGCACUGCCCCAGGCAGGCCCUGAUGUGGCCUUGCCAGGACCCAGCCCCAUCCAGUUCCCAGCUCUGCACUAUGCUGGAAAGAGGGUGGUUGCAGGUGGUCAGGCCUGCCUUCCUCAGCUGGUGGUCAUCCUCCUCCUCCCAGAAACCCUCAGCACUGGCCUAGGCAGCUCAGCAGUUCCUCCAGGACUGGGGGCUCAAGGAAGAGACGAAGGGUUGCUGCAGAGGUCCCCAAGGAGGAGGUGCGGGAGGGCCUGGGGUCACCCUCUUUGUGUCUUGCGGUGGCUUCAAGGUCUCUGCCCCACUCUCUCCCUCCCACCUCUAGGUGGCUCCGCGGGAUCCGGUCCAAACCGCCCUUAUGGGGUCACUCAACCAAAACACCUCUCAGCCCCUAUGGGUGGCUCCGUGGAAAUUCCCUUCUCCUUCUAUCACCCCUGGGAGUUAGCCACAGCUCCCAACAUGAAAAUAUCCUGGAGACGGGGCGAAUUCCACGGGGAGUACUUCUACAGAACAAGGCCAGCUUUCAUUCACAAGGAUUCCUGAUUUCAGAAUAUAUUAAAAACUAUGGUAAUCAAAAUAAUAUGGUACUGAAAUAAAGACAUAAAUAGGCUGGGUGCAGUGGCUCACGCCUGUAAUCCCAGCACUUUGGGAGGCCAAGGCGGGCGGAUCACAAGGUCAGGAGAUCGAGACUCCAUCGAGGGGACCAAACUCACCAUCACCCAGGCUGUCACGACCACCACCACCUGGAGGCCCAGCAGUGCAACCACCACAGCUGGACUCAGGGUCACAGAAGGCAAAGGGCACUCAGAAUCAUGGCACCUAAGUCUGGACACUGCUAUCAGUGUGGCAUUGGCUGUUGCUGUGCUCAAAACUGUCACUUUGGGACUGCUGUGCCUCCUCAGGUGGAAAAGAAGGAAAGGUCAGCAGCAGACUAAAGCCACAACUCCAGCCAGAUAGCAGGGCGCCAGGCAGUGACUUCCGACCAACAGGGUGUGGAGAGACGGGAUGUGUAUUAGCCCCAGAGGAUGUGCUGUGAGACCCGCUUGUGAGUACUCCACACUGGCUCCCCAUUGGCAAGAUACAUGGAGAGCAUCCUGAGGACCUAAAAAAGGCAGAGCCGCAAGGCAGAAGGAGCCUGGGUCCCUGAAUCACCAACUGGAGGAGAGAUACCUACCAGAGCCUUCAUCCAGGAGCAUCCACUCUGCAGUGACACAGGAAUGAGGUCUGAACUCUACUGAAUUAAAUCACUGGCAUUCGGGGGCUGUUCAUUAUAGCAGUGCUAAGAGUUCCUUUGUCUUCCCCAAGGAUGGAAAACUACAAUUUAUUUUGCUUACCAUACACCCCUUUUCUCCUCGUCCACAUUUUCCAAUCUGUACAGUGGCUGUCCUCUCCUAUGGCAGGGGUUUUGGGGAAUAAACAGUGUGAAACGCUGCUGACA